UUACCUACAUUACAAGCGCUCAUCGUAGCGACUGCAUAUCGAAGCGCCGCUUACGUUUUUACGCAAUACGUACGCCAUUCGGGCCCUCCCGCUUCUGCAAUCGUUCGCAUACGGGUUUUACAUACAUAUGUACAACGUUACGGUAUAUACUAGACGCGUAUAAAAAGAGAGAGUUUGGUACGGUAACGGUGCAGUUUCACAAAACGAUUCAAAAUCGAAACAAGAACCAUGGCUCGGACUGAUUUUUUGCCCUGCAGUUUGUCUGUGGCGAUUGCCGCACUCCUGGGCACUCUGCUGAUCUGUACCGCCCUUGAAAUCAAGGCCGAAGAAAGUUCCGCUCUCGGAAUCGGAGACGCCGCUAUCCAAGCCGCUCUGAAGGCGAUUUCUUUGCGAAGGUUACCGGAGAGUGACGCUCGGUUAAUUUACCUGAUAAACGAGAAUCUGAAGGAGAUUUUCACGGGUGCAAAAAAUCCGACGAAUGGCAUCGAGGCGGUUGCAAAACGGGCGCAAAAAACUGUUUCCGAAGUGACGGCCGCCUACGCCGCGGCGAUAUUUCAGUCGAAUUCUGUGGAAGAAGCGCAACGUCUCUUCGAGAGAUUUCAGAGGACCGUGGAGCGGAUCGUAGACCUUGCGAGAGGUGGAAAUUUCGGAGUGCACGUCGAGUCGACGGGCCUGAAGAAAAUCAAAUCACUCGAUAAGGGUGAAUAAAAAAAAACUCGAAGGGAGAAGGAAAAUCUGUUGAAUAUCCGUCAGCCCAUUGGUUUCGAACGUGAUAACUUUAUGUUAGCUGUGUAUGACUACGUGUACGAGUCGGAGUUGAUAAUCUAACGAUGUAGGAUGAGGAUCUCCUCCCGCAGUGACCGGAACUGCGCCUAUGCCCGCGCCGGAAGUACCGCUGGCACAUGUAGUAAUAUAAAUUGUAAUGCCCUUACGGUGUGUUCUUCUGACUUUUUAUUUCACAUUUCUUUUA